GCGGGAGGCUCCGUGGAAAUGUGUCGGUGACAUUGAAUGGGGAGCCUCGGUGGGAGCGAGGCGCGCGCGCACACACAAGCGCACACACAGCCCGCUCACUCCGAGAUCCCCGGCCACGUAAGUAACUAUUAAUACCGCCUCGCCGGGAGAUGCGGGCUUGCUGAGCCAGGGAACUGGCCUCCGGGAUCGUCGGCCAUCCCCUUGAAUUUUUAAAUCCACAUUCCUCUCUUACCUUUGGAGGAAAGAAGAAAAAAGAGGAAAAAAAGCUGUCAAUUUUUUUUUUUUCUAAAAACAAAUACCACAAGGAAAUUUGGGUGUAGGGGUUGGAGGAGAAGGAGUGGUUGCAAAUUAUUGCAAGGCGAGAUCCUGUUACAUAGCGGGAAAGAGACGCCGCGAGUUGGCAGGGUUGGAGGUGCAUCACCUUAAAACGCCGGGAGGACCCCCAAAAACUCGUGCCGGGAAAUCGGAGACCCUUGAUCCGCCGUCGUCCCUGACUGCACUUCUGGCUUGAUUCAGAAGACCCGGAGGCGAGCGAGCGGGAAGCCAGGCGACCGCAGCAUGAGCUUUUGCUGACCCUCGGCGCGGCGGGCCAAGCCCUGGGGUUUGUCGCGGUACCUGCCCCGGGCCCGCUCUGCAACUCUCUGCCCAGCUUUUGCAAUCUUUUGUUGGCAGCUCUGAUCGCUCCAAGUUAAAUGCACCCUCGCAAUUUUUUUUGUUUUGUUUUGUUUAAUUUUUGGAGAGCGCUGGUGAGGUUGGGAAAGCCUCAGACGCCAUCUACAGUUAAAACGUAGGUAACUGCCCUCUCCGGCGGCCCCCCCACCCCGCUUCCACGCCCCCCACCCUUUCCACCAAAAAAGGGGGUGCAGCACGGAUUCUGUCUGCGGUGCGUCGCGAGCCGGUAGAAUCGUGCUGAUUUCCUUUUUCUUUUUGUUUGGUGCCUAACGCAUUGAGCUUAAGCCGCGGCUGUGGGCUCUGUGAAGACGCACAAACUACUGUAGGCUCCUCCGCCCCGUCUGCGAUUUGGAAGCCUGCGUGGGGAUCGCUUCAGGACACCCGGGGCUGCAGCUCCUCACCUUAGCAAUCCGGUUACUCGUCUAGAUCCACGGUGGAAAAAGAGAGAGAGAGAGAAACUAAAAGUGCGGCGAUUCUGCAAAUCGCCGGCUGCUUUGGAGUAACAAAAGGACCCGAGUUGCCUGCCAGCCCAAUACUCCCGGGAACCAGGUUGAGAGCGGACAAGGUGCCCAGCAGCGCCCAUUUGGGGGCUUCUAACUACUUCUCCACGUAACCUUUUCCCGUCCCCUCCCCUCUCAUCCUCCUUUUAAAUCCGUGACACCGAGGCGCCUGCAGCCGCACUCGCCAGCGACUCGUCUCGCCAGCGGGGCUUUUUGUUUGUCGUGUGUGAUUCCCCACACUCAUGAACAUACACAGGUCCACCCCCAUCACAAUAGCAAGAUAUGGGAGAUCGCGGAACAAAACCCAGGAUUUCGAAGAGUUGUCGUCUAUAAGGUCCGCCGAGCCCAGCCAGAGUUUCAGCCCGAACCUCGGCUCCCCGAGCCCGCCUGAGACUCCGAACUUGUCGCAUUGCGUUUCUUGCAUCGGGAAAUACUUAUUGUUGGAACCUCUGGAGGGAGACCACGUUUUUCGUGCCGUGCAUCUGCACAGCGGAGAGGAGCUGGUGUGCAAGGUAUUUGAUGUCAGCUGCUACCAGGAGUCCUUGGCCCCCUGCUUUUGCCUGUCUGCCCACAGCAACAUCAACCAAAUCACUGAAAUUAUCCUGGGGGAGACCAAAGCCUAUGUGUUCUUUGAGCGGAGCUAUGGGGAUAUGCACUCCUUCGUUCGCACUUGCAAGAAGCUGAGGGAGGAGGAGGCGGCCAGACUGUUCUAUCAGAUUGCCUCAGCGGUGGCCCACUGCCAUGAUGGUGGCCUGGUGCUGCGGGACCUCAAGCUGCGGAAAUUUAUCUUUAAGGACGAAGAGAGGACUCGGGUCAAGCUGGAAAGCCUGGAAGAUGCGUACAUUCUGCGAGGAGAUGAUGACUCCCUCUCCGACAAGCACGGCUGUCCAGCUUAUGUAAGCCCAGAGAUCUUGAACACCAGUGGCAGCUACUCGGGCAAGGCAGCCGACGUGUGGAGCCUGGGAGUGAUGCUGUAUACCAUGUUGGUAGGGCGGUACCCUUUCCAUGACAUUGAGCCCAGUUCCCUCUUCAGCAAGAUCCGGCGUGGCCAGUUCAACAUUCCAGAGACUCUGUCGCCCAAGGCCAAGUGCCUCAUCCGGAGCAUUCUGCGGCGGGAGCCCUCAGAGCGGCUGACCUCCCAGGAAAUUCUGGACCAUCCUUGGUUUUCUACAGAUUUUAGCGUCUCGAAUUCAGGAUAUGGUGCUAAGGAAGUAUCUGAUCAGCUGGUGCCGGAUGUCAACAUGGAAGAGAACUUGGACCCUUUCUUUAACUGAGCUCCCACCCCACCGAGACUAGGGAAUCCGCAGGUACCAGGAGCGAGAGAGAGGGCAUCAGGAAGGAGUUCGUCCAGGGAACACGCAUCGCCCGCUUGGUAGCAAGAAAGACACUCACACUCACACGUUUCUUGGUUCAAAGAAGGAAAACCUUCAAGGAGCUGACUAACCAUGUAGCAUGGGGGCAAGAGACAUGGGGGGGUGGGGUUGGGCUCUGUGAUCAGGUCCGAUGGGUGGGAUUGAAGCAACAGGGAGCAUCCUGGGGCUUCUCUUCCCUGAUGGAGCAGAGGAGACCACCCCUGGCAGUUGGGCCUCUUCCACCUACCCCCCUUUUUGUUUUGUUCAAAAAUAGUUGCAGAUCCUGACAGAACGGAAACUCUCUGCCUCAAACUCACAUCUUGGCAUCGCACUGUUAGCGUUUAACUUCUUGUCAUGAUUCAGGGCAGGUAUAAUUGGCUGAGAAUAUCUUCUUCUUUUUAAAUCAAGCCAACCACCUAUCUGAUCAUUAAUUCGGUGCACACAGACUGACACGCAACCUGGGUGCUAAACUAAAAGAAAACAAAAAAAAGUCCAGUUUGUGUCUCUUAAUAGCUCUCUUCAACUCAUUUCUUCUAAAUAAACUCUUUAGUAUCCUGGUCAGGAAAUGACAACGUUAAGGCUUUGCUCCCCGAAGGGGAAAAAAUCUGCCCUUUAACAAGCUAUUCUGUUUUGUGUCAGUUGGUUUGUGGCAGGAAGCUACUCGAAGCCAGACUCCCAGAUGCAUUACUCCUAUCAUAGUUUAAAGUGGAGGGGAAAGAAAAGGAAGAAGGAAGGAAAAGAGAAAGUCAACUCCUUAAUUGUUGCUUUUUUUCUCUUGAAUGAUGAGGGUUUGAAUUACAGGCAUUCCUCUUUGCUGAGAUGAUAACCGUGGCCUGAGAUAGCCCUGGGAGUCUUAAGCUUUUGCAACACUCUGAUCUCAACUAAACAUUUUGUCUUUGUUUUAUUGGAAACGAGUGAAACAAAGCAGGUUGUCCCACAUGUAUCAAAUACAGGGCAGCUAUUUAGUUUUCUUUAUGAAGAAUGAUCCUUUUAGCUUGGGAGGCCCUCUGGUUUGGAGUAAACCCUCAAUAGAGAGAGUGGGAAGGAUAAUAAGCUGAAAGCUAGGAUGAUAUAAAUAAAAACAGCUCUCUAUCCCAAUACGCACCUUUGUAUUUUCAAGAACUCUUCUAUUUAUUAAGGAAAAUGUCACAUUGUGAUGUAUUAAGCCAGUACUUCAAUUACGGGUUGACUUGGGAUGACAUGUUACAUGCUGUAGUUAACAUUUAUCAUUUUUUUUUUCUUGUUUGAGUAUUUCUGUCCCUGAAAUAACCUUUUAUUUGGCUUUUCUAGAUAGCUUUAUUUGAUUUUGAGUGGCAAAAUGUUUUUUAUUACUGCUUUUCUAUUGCUGUAUGAUACAGAAAUCUUUGGCAUAAAUAUUUGUGUUUCCAGUACCUCAGUUGUUUGGAUUUUACUGCCUGUAUAUGUUUUGUGAAAUGGUCAUGUUUUUGGGUAGGUAACACGUGGACUCUAGUAGGUAAAUGUUACUUGAAUCUGUGCUUAAUUCUAGUAUGUGGCAUGUAUGUGCAGACCCUUGGAUGCUUUAUGCCUGCUCAGCAGGAGCCAUGUUGUUCACGUUCCCAGGAGGGCGGCUUGACCGCUCAUAAUCAGGAGACAAGGCGGCCAUGGAUUUGCCCUUGGUUCUAUUUUGAUAAUGGAAGAUAUAAAGGAGAGAGGGUUUUUUUUUGUUUUUUGUUCUUUUUAACAUUCUGAAGACGGUGCUGUGUCAAGGAGGACCU